AUGGUAAAUUUCACUUGGCUUGUGGAAAACUUCUCUUUGGAUGAAGAGACGCAAUACUCUCGCCUUUACCACUCUCGCCCUUUCUUUGUCGGCGGUUGCAACUGGCGUCUUAUUGCUCAUCCUAGAACAUAUGGUAAUGGUGAUGAUUACUUAUCGGUGUCUCUGGAACUUGCGCCUGGCUCUUCACCACCACCAGGGUGGGUGAAACACGUGAAAUUUACCAUAACUCUUGUGAAUAAAGGCUAUGGUAAAUCGGACCAAGUGGCAGGAGGGAACAACUGUUUCCAUGCAACGAAUAGGAGUUGUGGUUUUAAUGUACUGGAGAUUUUGGGUGUUGCUGCAUCACCUCUGGGUUGCAAAGAAACAAACAAAGCUUCUAAUGCCUCUCUCAGCAACUCUCAAGUGCCCCAAAAAACUGAGAAUGCAUCUAACGAGAAUGUUGUUGGUGAUGAUGAUGACACCUCUGAUGAUGGUUCACAUGAUGAUGAUGAUGAAACAUCUGAUGAGGGUUCAGAUGAUGAUGAGGAUUCACAUGAUGAUGAUGAUGAUACAUCUGAAGAGAGUUCAGAUGAUGAUGAUGAUGAUGAUGAUGCUUCGUCUACUGUUUCGGAUGAUGGCGGUAAGGACACAAGUCCUCCGAACCAAUCUAAUAUGGACCGAAUCAUCAAGUUACUAAAUGGUGAUAUGGGGUUUAACACUGUGGCAUCAACCGUUACUGAGGCUGGUAACAAUGUGCUUGGUCAGGAGAUUCAAACAAUGGAUGUCAAUGGGUUUGAGGUUUUUUCUUCUCAGGUGGAAUCUGUGAGACGUAUAUUCGAAAGACACCCAGACAUUACUGUGGAUUUCCGUGCAAAGAACAAACAUCUGAGGAAAGCUUGCAUGAGUUUCCUGCUCAGCGUAAUAGAGACGUUGUGUCAGUCACUUGAGGAGCUCUCCAAUGAAGAUCUUGUGGAAGCAGACAUUGCGCUGACGUACUUGAUAGACGCAGGGUUUAAAGUGGACUGGCUGGAUAAGAAGCUGGACCAGCUAAAAGAAAACAAGGAGAAGGAGAAGUCUGGCUUGGCCAGGCUCCAAGAAAUUGAGGAAAAUCUUCUGAAACUGAAGCUAAAGUGUUCGGAGCUGGAUGCUCUUGCUGAGAAGGAGAAGUCAGAGUUGUCAGCCACCAGAAGUGCUCUGUCUUUCGAUGAUCUUGUUUGA